UGUAGCUCGUGGAACUUGCAACAUACCCGCACCAUAGACGGUCACUGCAGAAUUUCGCUUAAUUUUAAUAAGUGCAGCCAUCUUAUAUAACAAAAUGAAUAGCUUAAAGAAUGCCACUCUUCGUUUUGUAAACUUCGCCAAUUCCAAUUCGUUGACAACACGCGUUUUGAAUGGAAAACGCGAUUUUACUCGCAGUCUGUGGCAUCUCACAAAGAAACCGGCCAUAGGCGGCUGCGCCAACAACAAUGGCACUGGAGACCAUGUUUCCGUUUUAAAUGUGCACAAACCCAGCAUAAACUGCACCUGUGGUUGCAAUGUGCAUACCAAAUGUGAACGAGAAUUGGUGGAAUUCCUAACAGAGGAGAUUGUUGCGGAGCGCAAAGUUCAAAAGGGCAAAACUGUGCCAACUACCUUGGAUGGCUUUUGCGUUAAGCUUGAUGGUGCCGAUGUGGAACUUUCGAAGCAAACUGAUAAGGAAAAGGUGGUCAUUAAUUUCAAUGUCAACCACACCGUCGACAGCGAAGAGGAGCCCGAGAUUAACCCCAAUGCCGACAAGCCGGAUUUGGGUGAGAUGCGUAGCAAACCACAAUUCGAGGUGGAUAUUAUAAGGGGCCCUACUACUCUGUCGUUUACUUGCUCUUAUUUGCAAGGCGAGGCCCAGGAGGGCGAGUAUAACGAUGUAUUCUCUAUUGAUGAACUGACUAUUUACGAAGGCGAGUGGCACGACAAAGUCUAUGCUGUCGCUGGCGAUGUGCUUGAUGGCUACCUAUACGACUUGCUUAUGAACCUGCUUGAGGAGAAGGGCAUCAGCAACGAGUUUGCCGAGAAGUUGUCUGACUUGGCUACUGCACAUGAGCACACCUCUUACAUAGGUCUGCUCGAAAAAUUGUCAAAAUUUACUUCAGGAGGAGCGAAGUAAAAGCUGCCGUUUCGACACAUCCUUCAUAAUUAUAAGCCACAGUUGUGUAGAUUGUUAAGUUUCAUAUGCAUUUCGAGAACCACACUAGAAACGUUUACAUCAUCCGUUCUUUUAGUUGUGCCACCGAAGAGCUAUAGGUUCUAAAGGCAAAAAGUUUAAGUUUCUAAACUUUAUAUGAUUGAGUACUUCAGAUAUGUAUGCUAAUUUGUGUUCCCAUUAAAGCGUAUGUUCGUGGCACUUAACUAAGUAAAAAAAAACAGCAUUUUUAA